AUGGCAGACAAAGUCGUUCGCGGUCAUUGGGAGUCGUUCCCCUGGACUCCCUUUCCCGAAUACGGCGGGAGCAAGUCCAUCGCAUUUCGCUCUGCCGACGGGAAGAUUGCGGCUGGUGCAGCGCGGGAGUCCGGCAAGGCCACCCUGACAUGGCCAUGCGACGAGUUCUUCUAUGUCACCCAGGGCUGGAUCAAGUGUGAAAUUGUUGGAGGUGAAACCUUUGCUGCUAGUACUGGGCAUAUUGUCUAUCUGCCACGCGGCACAACAGUGAACAUGGAGUUUGGCAAUGAUUUCAAGAAUGUUGCUAUUUUCAUUUCCACUGACGGAAACAAAGUUACCCUAGUGUAA